UGGAACAGUCACUAAAUUGUGCACAGAAAUGUCCUCGUUUCUUGAAAAGUGCAUGUUGGAGGUGACACAAGUGACACGCGGUCCCCGGGUCUCGGUGUUUACCGCACAUUAGUGGAGGUUAUUGAGGCAAAGACUCUCCUCCGAGCUGCCGGCGGAACUUCUCCUCAGUUUGUUUUGGGCUGGAUACGGCGAGCAGCGACAUGACUCCCCCGCACCGCGCGUCUCUUCUGCCGCUUCUCCUCCAGGUGUUCCUGUUCGCGAGCGUUCAGACCAAAGUGGAUGUGUUGGCUCCGGACAACGUGGAGGUCUUCCUGGGCGACACGGCCGAGAUCCCGUGCCGCUACAACUUCACCAAAGAACAUCCCACGUUUAUCAUGGUCCAGUGGUUUGUGAAGGCAGAAGGCUCCACUUCCAGGGUCCGGAUCUUCUACUGGGACGGCCAAAACAAAGUGGUGGACAACAACACAGACUACAGCAACAACAUGCAAGUGAUCAUCGAGAGUCACGGGACCGUGCUCUCCAUCUCGGACGUGCGGCUGUUGGACGAUCGCGAGUUCUACUGCCAGGUCAACGGUCUGGCUGCAGGAAUGGACGAGCGCAAAACUCACCUGCGAGUCUUCGCUACACCAGAACCACCAGUCAUCGAGGGAGUCCAGACUGGAAUAUCUGUGACCAAUGAGCUUCCGUCUAAGGUGGCGUCCUGCGAGGUGCGGAACGGUUUCCCGAAACCCAACAUCACCUGGUACCGGAAUGGAGUCCCACUGGUGCCGUCCCCAGGAUAUGUGAACGUGCUGACUCUGGUGACUCGCAGCGAGCUGUUCUCCGUCCAGAGCACUCUGGAGUACAAGGUCCAGAAGGAGGACAAGGACUCGCACUUCUCCUGUGAGGUCACCUUCUCUGUGCCUGCCGCCAUCCGGACCCUUGAGUCCAGCAGCAUCAAAAUCACCGUCCACUACCCCACCACCAUGGCCGAGAUGUGGAAGGAGCUGCCCAAGGGUCUGGUCAAAGAGGGGGACGCCGUGGAGCUGCGUUGCCAGAGCGACGGGAACCCUCCGCCCCCCUUCCUUUUCAACAGAGAACAAGAGCCCAGCCGGCGCCUGGACAGCAGCAGCGGCGGCGACGUGCUGAUCCUGACGGAGGUCACCAGGAAGGACAGUGGCAUCUACCAGUGCCACCCUCAGGACCCCGACGCGCCCCAUACAGUCAAGGGAGAGAUGCAGCUGACCGUGCACUACCUGGAUCCGGCCGUGGUGGUUCCCAAAGACUCCGAGUUCAUGUUCCGAGGCGAGAAUCUGACGGCCACCUGCAACGCUCUGUCCUCGCUGAAGACCUCCACCGUCUGGUACAAGGAGGGGCGGCGCGUGGGUGAGGGACACUCGCUGCAUCUCUACGACGCCACCUACCAGACCAGCGGCGAGUACCGCUGCGAGGUGACCGUUCCCUCCGUCCCGUCCCUGCACACCAGCGGAUCCGUGCACAUCGUGGUCCAAGGAGCGCCUCAGCUGGUGGGUCUGGAGAAGGAGGUCCAUCUGAAGGAGGCUGAAGGCCGGAUGGUCAACCUGACCUGCGAAGCCCUGGGCCACCCCACUCCCACCGUCUUCUGGAACAUCAGGGGCAGCGAGAACUGGCAGGAGCUGGUGAGCAAGGCCAGCGACCACAUGGUCCACAGCAUGGUGUCGGUCAAGGUCAGCGCCGACAUCGUGGCCACAUGCAACGUCUCCAACGACAUGGGCCUGGAGGUGAAGAGCUUCCACGUCAAAGCAGUUCCCAGAUCAGCUCCCUUCUCCACUGGGGAAGGCAACGGCGUGAUCCUGCUGGUCAUCAUCCCGUGCCUGCUGCUGCUCGCCAUCUUCGGCAGCAUCAUCUACUUCCUGCACAAAACCGGGAGGUUCCCGUGCGGCCGCUCCGGGAAACAAGAGAUCACCAAAGAGAAGACGACCAAAGACGACAUCGUGGUGGAGAUGAAGAGCGACGGCAAGGCCGAGGACGCCGUGCCGUUGAAGGCCGUCAACGGAGAGAAGAAGAGCGCCAACGGCAACCACGACAACCAAGCGACGCGGCGCGCAGACCAGCCCAUCUGAGCACAGCGCCGCCGGACCCGCCCACCCACCCACUCUCCUCACAUUCCCAUCAUGCUUUGAGCUUCGCAGUAUUCAACACACACACACACACACACACACACAUACACACACACACACACGCCGUUUGUCGCCUGGUUCGCUCGCGUUUCUGGCGAAAGUGUAAAUAAUAUAUAUAUUUUGUUAUUUAAGAUAUUUCAACGGCCAGAGUUCCGUCGGGCCGCGACACGUCUCGGGUCCGGAUGUUUUUUUUUUUUUUUUGUUCUUAGGGAGAUGAAAGUCGUAGUUUGUUUGGCGACGCUCAGCGUUUCUUCCUCCCACACUGGCGGCCAUCUUGGCUAACUGCUGUCGAGCCCUUCAGCUGAUGUACAUAGGUGUAGCGCACCGACCUGCUCGCGCGGCGUAGCGGUCAAAGGUUAGCGAUCUGCUGUGGCUUUUUUGAGAAGGCGUCGUACACUGUAAGUUUGUUCUGUGUGUGUUUUUGUGCGAGACAGAAGAUUCCUCGGAAGGGAACGUUUUCUAAAAUUCAGGUUGACUUGUUCGUUUUAGGUUUGACCUUCGACCUCCAGAUCUGAUGUUUAUUUCGGUUUGUGUGUAAAAAUGUGGUUCUUUGAUGCUUGCGUUUUUAUAAACAUGUUUUUGGAAGAAAAUAAAGCCAAAUAAAAAUGUUUGAUUCAAAA